AUGCACUCUGGCACCAGUAGCAGUUCCCUUGUUGAAAUGAUGUGGAUUUCUUUUGUAGUGACCCUUGUACAUGGAAAACUGUGUGUUGGAAAAUCUGUGUUUGGUCAACGACCCAUGGUCCAAAUAUCUGAUGGAAAAAUAAGAGGAAUUUAUGACUUUGCCUAUUAUGGAAGGCAGUUUGCAGGCUUCAUUGGUAUUCCUUACGCUGAACCUCCACUUGGUCAACUUCGAUUCAAGGAACCUGUACCAGUGAAACCAUGGCAAGGGAUAUGGGAUGCAUCACGGUUGAAGAUUAACUGUCUGCAGCUUGAUGAUGAUAGGCAGAAAGUUGUUGGAGAAGAAGACUGCUUAUAUCUUAAUGUUUUUACAUCUCAGUACAAGGCAGCUAAUCAUGUUACAAGCACUGUCUCACAUGAUUACACAACAACAAAUGGGAGUUCGAUUGUUUCAUAUUGGAUGGGAAGCUGUGAUGUAAACACUGCAACAAUGAACAAUAAAUGGAAAUACUGUUCAGAGUUUGGUUUCUUAAAUGACUUUCCCCUCAACAUUAAUUCACACUCAGUUUUAUUUGUGGAUGAUACUUCUGCCCUUGUUGAAAGCAGUGACUUGGAACAAAUUCCCUCAACUGUCACAAAUCUAUUGAAUAGCUUAGAAAUCAAUGUUCACAAGUCCCCUCUGCCAUCAGUAAAUUCUAUACAUCCAAAAUUGGAUGUAGUUAUCUUUUUCCACCCAGGUGCAUUCAUGUUUGGAGGUGGUGACUGGUAUGGACCACACUACAUAAUGGACCGCAGUGUAGUGUUAGUGACAGUAAAUUACAGGCUUAAUGUACUUGGGUUUUUAAGUACUUUAGAUGAAGUGCUUCCUGGCAACAAUGGGUUGAAAGAUCAGGUAUUGGCAUUGAAGUGGGUUAAGAAGAAUAUAGCAACAUUUGGAGGAAAUCCUGACAGUGUAACAAUUGCAGGGACAUCAGCAGGUGCAUCAAGUGUGCAAUAUCAUUUCCUGUCACCACUUUCAAAAGGUUUGUUUGUCAGAGGCAUAUCAACAAGUGGCACAGCAUUGUGCGCUUGGGCAAAUGCAGAGGGAAUGAGAGAAAAAGCAUUCCGACUUGGAGCAGCAGUAGGUUGUGAUACUGAUUCAUCUACUAUGCUUAUUAGAUGCCUAAGGAGUCGACCUGCAGGUCAACUGGUUGAGAAGGUGCUCCUAUUUCAGAAUAGUGACAAACAACAUAAAGUGAAUUUUUGUCCUGGAAACAUGGAGGUCAUUCUACAGUUAGUGGAACUACAACAGCAGCAGACAGCAUCAGUACUGCACAUCCUGAAAUCAGUCAGGAUCAACUUUGGCAGUGGCUUCAACUCCAGGCAUCCCAGUGGUUUCAAUUUUUGA